UGCCAGAUUGAAAUUGUAAUCAAAAGUGAGAAUUCUGCAAUCCAGUCCUAGUUGAAAGCUUGAACUCUUUCCGUCCGAUCUGAUCUGUCGCGCCCUUUAAAAAACAAAAAGCGAAUCUUUUUUAGGCCCAAAAAGACCAUCACUUCAACAAUUCAAAUUUCCGCGAUUUGGAUUAAAUUCAUACUAUCAUUGUUUUUCAGAAUUUGGGUGAGAUUCUUCCAGUAUUGCUGCUGCCAGUGUUAUAUUCUUGUUCUUGAUGGGGAAAGGAGGAGGCUGCGUUCCCAGCAAGAAGAAGGCAGUGUCAGUCGUCGACGAUCCUCCACGUGAACGCGCCGAAGGGUUGGGAAACGCGCCGAUCGUAGUUGAAGAAAACGUCCAUGAUGCCGAUGGAGAUACUACCGCUGCAUCAAUCCAAGAAACAGCGUCGCCCUCGCAUCCAGUGGUGAAAUUGAAGAUUUUCAUUGUGUUCUAUUCAAUGUAUGGGCAUGUUGAAGGACUGGCUAAGAGGAUGAAGAAGGGCGUCGAUGGAGUGGAUGGGGUGGAAGGGGUUUUGUAUAGGGUACCGGAGACAUUGCCAAUUCAGGUAUUGCAGCAGAUGAAGGUGCCGCCGAAGGACGAAGCCAUUCCGGAGAUCGCGGCUGCCGAGUUACCGGCGGCUGAUGGGCUUUUAUUUGGGUUUCCGACCAGAUACGGGACCAUGGCGGCACAAAUGAAGGCAUUCUUUGAUUCAACGGGGCAGUUAUGGAAGUCGCAAGAGCUCGCAGGGAAGCCUGCUGGAUUCUUUGUCAGCACUGGGACUCAAGCAGGUGGCCAAGAAACUACCGCUUGGACAGCAAUCACUCAGCUGGCACACCACGGGAUGCUGUUUGUUCCUAUUGGAUACACGUUUGGACCUGGUAUGUUCAAGAUGGAUUCCAUAAGAGGGGGUUCUCCAUAUGGGGCAGGAGUGUUCGCUGGUGACGGCACGAGAGAGCCAAGUGAGACAGAGCUGGCACUUGCAGAGCAUCAGGGCAAGUAUAUGGCUGUGAUUGUCAAGAGGCUGGCCCGGUCUUCUUGAUGCUUUCUUGGUUUCA